AUGACUUGCUUUUGUUUCCUAGCUGAGGUUCGAUUAGGCAUGGGCCAUUGCUUCGUGAAACUGAACAAGUUGGAAAAAGCUCGUCUGGCAUUCAGCAGGGCUCUGGAGCUCAAUUCGAAAUGUGUAGGGGCUUUGGUUGGAUUGGCUGUUCUAGAGCUCAAUAACAAAGAGGCUGAUUCUAUCAAAAAUGGUGUUCAACUCCUUUCUAGAGCUUACACAAUUGAUCCCAGUAACCCAAUGGUGCUGAACCACUUGGCUAAUCACUUCUUCUUCAAAAAGGAUUAUGGUAAAGUCCAGCACUUGGCUCUCCAUGCUUUCCAUAAUACAGAAGUUGAAGCUAUGCAGGCAGAGAGUUGCUACCAGCUGGCCCGGUCUUUUCACGUACAGGAAGAUUAUGACCAAGCUUUCCAAUACUACUACCAAGCCACACAGUUUGCCUCAUCCUCUUUUGUAUUACCAUUUUUUGGAUUGGGUCAAAUGUACAUUUAUCGGGGGGACAAGGAGAAUGCAUCACAAUGCUUUGAAAAAGUUUUGAAAGCCUACCCUAACAAUUAUGAGACUAUGAAAAUCCUUGGAUCUCUUUAUGCUGCUUCAGAAGACCAAGACAAACGAGAUAUUGCAAAAGGUCACUUGAAGAAAGUCACAGAACAGUAUCCAGAUGACGUAGAAGCGUGGAUUGAACUAGCGCAAAUCCUUGAGCAGACUGACAUACAGGGUGCCCUCUCAGCCUAUGGAACAGCAACACGCAUCCUUCAGGAGAAAGUGCAGGCUGAUGUCCCACCAGAGAUUUUGAAUAAUGUGGGUGCUCUCCAUUUUAGGCUUGGAAACCUAGGUGAAGCAAAGAAAUACUUUUUGGCAUCUCUGGAUCGUGCUAAGGCAGAAGCUGAACAUGAUGAGCAUUACUACAAUGCUAUCUCAGUAACAACGUCCUAUAAUCUUGCCAGAUUAUAUGAGGCAAUGUGUGAAUUCCAUGAAGCAGAAAAGCUAUAUAAAAACAUUUUAAGAGAACAUCCUAACUAUGUUGACUGCUAUUUGCGCUUAGGAGCUAUGGCUAGAGAUAAAGGCAAUUUUUAUGAGGCUUCUGAUUGGUUUAAAGAAGCACUUCAAAUAAAUCAGGACCAUCCAGAUGCUUGGUCUUUAAUUGGUAAUCUUCACUUGGCUAAACAAGAGUGGGGUCCAGGACAGAAGAAAUUUGAAAGGAUAUUGAAACAACCAUCCACACAAAAUGACACUUACUCCAUGCUGGCUCUUGGUAAUGUCUGGUUGCAAACUUUGCAUCAGCCCACCAGGGAUAGAGAGAAGGAAAAGCGCCAUCAAGAUCGUGCACUAGCAAUCUACAAGCAAGUACUUAGAAAUGAUCCAAAGAAUUUGUAUGCUGCUAAUGGCAUAGGAGCUGUAUUGGCACACAAAGGAUAUUUCCGUGAGGCUCGUGAUGUUUUUGCCCAAGUGAGAGAGGCAACAGCAGAUAUCAGUGAUGUGUGGCUGAAUUUGGCACACAUCUACGUAGAACAGAAGCAGUACAUCAGUGCUGUGCAGAUGUAUGAAAACUGCCUCAGAAAGUUCUAUAAGCAUCAGAAUACUGAAGUAUUGUUGUACUUGGCCCGAGCACUCUUCAAAUGUGGCAAAUUACAGGAAUGCAAACAGACUUUGCUGAAGGCUAGACAUGUAGCACCCAGUGAUACAGUCCUUAUGUUUAAUGUGGCUCUAGUGCUACAGAGGCUAGCCACCUCUGUCCUGAAAGAUGAAAAAAGUAACCUGAAGGAAGUACUAAAUGCUGUGAAAGAACUGGAGUUAGCCCACAGAUACUUCAGUUAUUUAAGUAAAGUAGGAGAUAAAAUGAGAUUUGAUUUGGCUCUUGCUGCUACUGAAGCCAGGCAAUGCUCUGAUUUACUGAGUCAAGCUCAGUAUCAUGUGGCUCGUGCACGCAAGCAGGAUGAAGAAGAGAGAGAACUGCGUGCCAAGCAAGAACAAGAAAAGGAGUUGCUCCGCCAAAAACUGCUUAAAGAACAGGAAGAAAAACGUCUCCGAGAGAAAGAAGAACAGAAGAAACUUCUGGAACAAAGAGCCCAAUAUGUGGAGAAGACCAAGAAUAUUUUGAUGUUCACUGGAGAAGUAGAAGGAUCGAAGGAGAAGAAACGUGGUGGCGGAAGGCGUUCCAGAAAAGGAGGAGAAUUUGAUGAGUUUGUCAAUGAUGAGAGUGACGAAGAUCUGCCUGUGUCCAGAAAGAAAAAGAGGAGGAAAGGCAGUGGUAGUGAACAAGAUGGUGAAGAAGAAGAUGGAGAGAGGAAGAAGAAAAAGAGGAGGAGACCCCAGAAAGGAGAUGAUGGAACUGAUGAUGAAGAAAAUGAAAAUGGCCCAAGACCUAAAAAACGACGUCCACCCAAAGCAGAGAGGAAAAAGGCUGCCAAGCCAGAACGUCUGCCUCCUUCAAUGAAGGGAAAGAUCAAAUCAAAAGCCAUAAUUUCAUCUAGUGAAGAUUCUUCUGAUGAGGAUAAACUCAAAAUUGCUGAUGAUGGAAAUGCCAGGAACAGCAACAGUGAUUCUGAUGACGCUGAACAGCAGCGCAAUAAACGCAUCAUGUCGGACAGCGAUUCAGAUAACAGAAACAAGUCUGGUAGUGAGGUAGGUAGUCCACGGAGGUCCAGUGCUCAUCCAUCUGAUGAGGAUUCUGACAGUGACAGGUCAGCCGGAAAGAAGAGACGGUCAGAUUCAGAACAGUCUGACAAUGAGUCUGUGCAAUCUGGGAGAAGCCACUCUGUACAGUCGGGAAGAAGUCACUCUGGUGGCUCCGAGAAUGAAUCUCGUCCAGCUUCUCACAGUGGUGAUUCAGACAGAGAUUCUGAUAGAGGAUCUGACAACGAGGGCUCUGGCAGAGAGUCUGGCAAUGAAUCUGAACCAGAGGCAUCCAACAUUGAGGGGUCUGAACAUGGAUCAGAAGGUGGAUCAGAUGAUAGCGAUUAGAUUUAAAUUACAGCCAUUUUUUAACAAUUGUUUUUUAAAUAUACUUCAGUUAUGAGGAGGAAAAUCCAAUUUUUAUAUUUGAAAACUGAUUUAAAGAAAGCUUAAUGUUUUAGUAAAACUGUUGUGAAACUUGCUUCAUAUGAUUUUUUUUCUAUCAAGCUGUACAUUACUAGGCAUUAAUGGAUAUUUCUCUGUG